AUGCCAAAAGUUAAAAAGCAACGAAGUCAUAAUCGUGAUUUAAACACAAGACGAUGGUCGAAGGACAGCAUUUCUCAAGAAUCAGUGAACUCGUCAAGUGAAGACGAAACAUUUGUUAUUUUAUCUGAUGAUGAUGCUGAUUUUAUUAAUUUUUCAAAUAAAUCUAUUUUAAAUGAUAUUGCUGAUCUUUUCUCAUUUUGUAAAGAAACAAUUAACACUCGUUUUAUUAGUGUUCUCAUGUAUAUGGGUUUACGCCAUUUUGGCCAUUCUUGGCGAGAUGUUGAUGCAUUUUUAAGAACAAUUGGUGGUAUGACAGCAACAUCAGCUCAUAAAUGGUCAACUAUUUUAUUAAAUAAAGAUUUUGAUGAAUUUACAGCUGAAGGAAGAGGUGGGAAAAGAGUUGAUGCAUUCUGGGAUUGUUAUCCUGAUUUAGAAUUGGAAGCAAAGCAGUUUGUAAUGAAAGAAUGUUCAAAGACGGAAGCUUCAUUUACAGCUGAAAGUUUAGCAAGAUUCAUUGAUACUCGCUUUUAUGAAUUAAACAAUAUAAAGAAGGUUGAUUUGGAGUUAGUUAGAUCAAUUAGAAGUUGUAGAUUGGAUUUGCGUCAUUUUGGAGCAAAAUAUACAACAAAUGUUGGAAGACCUUAUUAUUUAGGACAUGAAAGACCAGAUGUAAUACAGCAUCGAGAACAAUUUGUUAAGUAUUUUCUACAAAAUGAAGAUAAAUUUUAUACAAUCACAGAUGAUCUUUCACCACAGUGGAAGUUUCCAAAAGAUUAUGCAACAGUUUUACUCUGUCAUGAUGAAAGUACUUAUAAAGCUGGUGAAGUCUCAGCCAAAAGAUGGAUAAUGUCUGACAAAGCAGCUUUUUAUAACAAAGGCAAAGGACGUAGUAUUAUGUGCUCUGAUUUUUUAAUUAUGCAUUCUAGCGGUCCGUUUUUCUCAUUGACAGACUUGGAAUAUGCAGAAGCACUGAAGAAAUAUCCACAUUUGAAUGAUGAUUAUGAUAUAUUAUAUGAGAAAAAUAGUGCUUCAGGAAGCAUCAUUGUUGGUGGGGACAGCUAUUUUGAUAAUCAAACUGUACUCACCCAAUUUGAACGUCUUUUUCAAUUGUUGCCUUUCAAAACAGAAUACAAGAAUCAUAAUUUUGUUUGCUUGGUUGAUAAUGCCAGAACACAUACAGCAGCUGAAUUGAGUGUUAAUGAUUUCGGAAUGAAACCUGGUACUAAAUGUCCUGUGCAUCAAAUUGAGUUUAUUGAUGAACAAAAUAUGAAACAGAUAGUUAAUUGUUAUGAUGCUAAUGGAAAAAGCAAAGAUUAG